AUGGGUGAUCCAGACAGCGGAUUGAUGAUUGAGGAAGCGGAUGAAGAUGACUUGGAUGAUGCGGGCAUGGUUGAUGGAGACGGUCAAGCUGGAGAUGAGGAUGACGAGGACGAAAUGUUCUCCGCGACUGACGGUCUGGUGGGCAAAUUAGGAGAACUAGAGCAUACAGUCGCGUUCAGCCAGUCAAUAGAUGAUCCGUUAGGUCUAGGCCGUCCGACUAUGCGAAUUGGUAGCCGUCUGUUCUUUGGAGGGCCAGAGGUCGUCCAAUCAAUCUCCAAUGCUCUCGGUGCACUAUGUCUUAAUCAGGCUGGACAGGACCAUCUGGCAUCACAUCCUUCCAUCAUCCCAGCGUUAUUUUCGAUAUUCACGCUGGAAGCGCAUCUCAAGGUUCUCCUUGAAAAGGAGAAUGCCGUGUCCAUCGAAAGUUCCAUCGAUGAGCUCUUGAUCACUUUGCACGUCCACAUAACUCUUCUUUCGGAUGUUUAUUCGACGGCCGGAUAUACGCACGGCAGACAUGCUGUUGGGUUACUGCAGAACACGACUGUGGAUAUUAUCCCGGAUUUGGGCGGUACCGGUACGACGCAACCUGACGGUCAACCACCAGCCGAAUCAACUCCAGAGAUGGACAAAAGAAGACAGAGAGCCCUAAGGAUCGGAACGCUGCGUAAUCCUGACAAAGCACAGAAGAAGCAAGCUGCUUCCAUAUCGGCGACAUUGGCGGAUAUCAUGUACAAGCAUUUGACCGAAGUUACGGAUGGCAACCCGACUUUCUUGUAUGGAUACCAUACAGUCAUGAUUUGCUCGAUCACAUUCCUCCUUUUCGAUGCCUCGCAGACAAACUACCACGCCGUGCUGCUCCUUCAAUUCCGAAAGGUCGGAGGUCUGGACGCUGUCCCGGAUACGUGCCGUCGCUAUACAUCUACUAUUUCUCGUAUUUUUGAGGUUAGAGCCGCAGACCGGAGUGAAAGUGAUCAACAAGAGCGCGUGCACGUCUUUGGACGACUGAAGAUGGCUCUUCACUUGCUCUAUCUUAUGAUUAUCAAACCUGCCAUAGAUCCCGGUCAAAUUGCUCAGUAUAUCUCGAAGGACAAGCCAGAGAACCACCUGGAUUUCUAUCAACCGCAUGACUUCCUUGUCAAAAUGAGGUUGGAGAUAUUACUGUUAAUUCGCGAUAUAUGGCAGUUGGCAUGGCUCGUCUUAGCGCCUCCAGCCGUCAGCAAGGAUCCUGUUCCAGAGGAACCACCUGCUGCAGUGCAGCCUCCUGCAGCUGUAACAACGGCACAGGAGCCUGUAGCAAACGAGGCCCCAGCGGAUGCGCCUAUGGAAACUGAACCGACGAUCGAGGAGAGGCGACGGGAUUGGGAUGAGAUUAGGAAGUCUCUCAUAUCAGAUAUAGGCCCACAAGCACUUAGGCUUGCAGAUGCACAUCCUUCAUUGAUUUUCGACGUUAGGCACGUAUUUAUUGGACCGAACAAUAAGUAUAGGCAAGAAGCUAUCCGUUGCGUUGUACAAGACAUCGAGAAGUUUUCUCCUGCUGCGUACGAUUUUAGGCAAGGAGGAAAAGAAUAUGAUGGACAUGCUUAUGCUCUGCCCCUGUCGCAGCCUAUUGCUCACGACAAAGAUCAGGCAUUGCCGAAAUGGCUCCCGGCACUCCUUCUCGCGAUGGAGUCGCUCUUUGUCACUGCAGAAGAACGUCGAACAGUUCCUAUGGUCCUCGCUGAUCAACCGAUUGUUAUCCCUCCUCUGGUUGUUGGUCCUCCUUAUGCAGAAGCGCGAUCAAUGCCCUUUGAGCUAUGUAUUCGGCUCCUCCACAUCCCGAGUCUUCCGCGAGACGAACUGCUCGCCACGCUGCGGAUGCUUGUGCAGCUCACCCGAGAUCGUAACAUGGCUGUACAGUUCGUGCGUCGGAAUGGGGUUUCGUUACUCCUCCAGCGCUUAAAAGGACCUGCUGGCGAUGCGUCGGUGGCGGGCUUCCAGUCCCACGUUGCAAUUAUCUUGCGACAUCUCGUUGAAGAUCGAUUGGUGUUGAAGACGGUCAUGAAACAGGAGAUCAAACGCUGGUUGUCAAAUUUCCGCUCGAAACUGUCGAAGUUCUUACAUAUGUUUGUAAUUCUACAUCGAUGGCGGCUCGCGGUCCUCAAGUAUUCCUGGACGUCACGAAAGAACGUCGCACUCUGCCCAAAGUCAAGCGCUCCUCCAGUGUCCUCGAGAGCAUUGGAACCUGUCGUUCACGUCUUGCUUGGCGAGCUGAUGAGAGUGGGCAAGCUUGCUUCUGAAGGUAUAGCAGCUGAGUCUUCGAAGGAUCGCGCAUCUGCGACGUCAUCAACCGCUGCCACCGCGCAAUCUACAUCGUCUGAGUGCAAGUUCGUGUUACUGACGUAUCCGAAAAAGAAAACCCAAACUCCUGCAAAGGAUGUGUUCUCGCGCUCGAAGUCGCCUGCGUUGAGUUUCUUCCUAACAGAACUGCUGUCGUUUGGUCCCUUCAAUGCCGACCCGAAGUUCGAUUCAGAGAAACGGGUAACUUAUGCAAUUGGGCGAUGGGUCUAUAAGCAGAUCUUUCAAGGAGAUCUUGGCGAUCUCGUGGCGGCUAUUCUUCGACCCCUCGAAUAUUUACAAGAAAAAUCUGACCCAGAGUCCAGACCGUCGGAUGACUCUGAUGAAGACGAUGAAGAGGACGACGAUGUCAUGGAGACAGAGCGAAGGGAAGAGACCCACCGAUUUAUAUUGUAUGCAGGAGAAAUGGAAGAGCACUACGAUGAGGAGGAUGAGGACGAGAUGAAUGAGGAUGAAGAUGAGGGAGAGGACGAUGUUGAUGUCGGCUAUGAUGAAGAGUCUGUCAGCGAGGAUUCGUCUAAUACAGAGCCAGAGGAAGGAGCAGAGGAGCAUGCUAUAAUCGACGAAUCCCCGGAGGGAUGGGUGGAUAUGGAUGAGGAGAUGGCAGAGGGAAUGAGUGAUAUGAAUGAAGACGAAGACGAAGACGAAGGCGAUGACCUUGAAGAGGAAGAGGGUGCUGCUGAAGAGAUUAUGUGUCAGCUUCCUGAAAAUGCAAUGGGAGAUCCGGACAGUGGCUUAAUGUUCGAGGAAGCAGACGAAGACGACUUGGAUGACGCGGGUAUGGAGGCGGAAGAGAAAGUUGCAAAGGAAGCGGAAGAGAAGGCUGCACGUGAGGCUGAAGAAAGGGCUACGGCUGAAAAAGAGGCAGCGGAGAAGGCGGCAACUGAACGUGAGGCUGUAGUGAGAGCGGCUGUGUCACCUGAAGUCGCACCCGAUGCUUCGACUUCUGGGGGUUGUACUGACGGUGAGCAUGUCCUAGUGGAUGAAGAUACCGAAAUGGCCGAUGCCAUAGCAGCUACCGAAAGCGCACAAGAAGCUGAGGCUGCCAUCCAGGCAGAACCCGAGGCGGGCCCUUCAACAGCACCCGAGCGGGUUACCAUCACAAUCAAUGGGAAUGAGGUUGACAUCACCGACACGGACAUUGAUUCCACGUUUUUGGAAGCUCUUCCAGAUGAUAUGCGGGAGGAAAUACUCAACCAGCACCUCCGAGAGCAACGUCCCACCCAGGCCGCAGCUCUAGUUGAGUCUCAAGUCAGCGCGGUGUUCCUUGAUGCUUUGCCUCCGGAGAUUCGUGCAGAAAUAUUACGUGAGGAGCGGCUAGAGAGGAGCAGACGAGAACGCGAACAGGAUGGUGAAGGGCAGACUGCUGUUCCAACGAUUGGUCCAACAGACAUGGGCCCAGUAGACUUCAUCGCCAGCCUUGAUCCGCAACUACGGCAGAUCGUUCUCCUAGACUCGGCCGACGGUAUUUUACAGACGCACCCGUCGCAUAUGGUCGCCGAAGCUGGUGUUUAUCGUGAAACUGCGUAUCUUCACCACCGUAGCCCCCGACCAGCUGCUCCUGGUGAUACUACCGCACCCGUCACAUGCAGGGUGCCACCCCCGCGUGAUGCAAUCCAACUGCUGGAACGACCAGGGAUUGCAGCUCUCGUCGGGCUUCUGAUCUUCCCUCAAUUAUCCAAGAAGAGCACGCUUCACAAAGUCCUCCUUUAUCUUUGCGAGAACUCCAAAUCUCGAACGGAACUGUUCAAUGUGCUUUUAAGUAUCUUGCAGGACGGCACGGGUGAUCUUGCUCUGGUGGAUAAGAGCCUCUCACAGUUGACCUUCCGCGGCGGGAAGGGUAUUACUGCACAUCCUACCUCGAAGAAUAUUAGGAAACAGAAGGAUACAGGACUGUCUAUCGCAUCUCCUAUUGUUCCUAGUGAAGUCCCUCCAGACCGCAUUGUGCAACGCUGUCUGGAUGCCCUCAAUUACAUUGUUGGCACCAACGAGCUCUCUUCUCUCUUUUUCCUGACAGGGCACGGAUUACCUGCAGGCCUGAAGAGAAGCAUUUCAAAGAAAGGGGAAGAAAAGGAGAAGCAAGCGGCUCAAUCGCAUUACCCCAUCUACGCUCUCAGUAUAAUGGAUUCUGUUGCCGGAUUACUUGACUCGGUGACGCUUCCCCUGACGAGCUUAAAGGACGACUUAAAGAAGAAAGAAGUCACUGGAGAACGUCCAUCCGCUCCUGCCGAAUCAAGUGCACAGCAAGAUUCUUCCGGAACUGCACCUCCUACUACUUCGCAUGAGCCAAGUAGCUCAGCAGAUGCUCGAGACGUCGAUGCCCAAGAAGUAAGACUCAAAGCGAAUGACUUCGGGACUAAUCUUUCUAAACACUUGGAUGAACUGAAUGAUGCACUGAGUAGCGCGCAAGCACAAGGCGACCUGCCUCCAGCAAUAGUCGCCAAAUUCUCUCAGGCGUCGUCGGAUCGGGCCAAGUUUCUCCGUGUUUUGAAGACCAUUGAUUAUAUGUGUUCGAAACAAGAGAACACGUCGAUUCGCCCUCCGGACUUGCCUCAAGCUGACCGUAUUCGCGAGAUCUAUGAGACGUUCCGAUUCACCAUGCUUUGGCAGAAAUUUAGCGAUUGCUUGACUGUGGUGGAGAGUAGAGAAAAUGUCGAGCACAUCGCGACAAUUCUAUUACCGCUCAUCGAGUCAUUGAUAAUUGUCUGCAAGGAUGUAGGGGUGCAGAGUACGUCAGCACCAGCUGUUCCUGGAUCUCUGCGCUCGCCUCUACUGUCUGAAGAAGAAUUUGUGGAUGACCUGUUCGUUAGAUUCACUGACGAUCAUCGGAAGAUUUUGAACAUGAUGGUGCGAAACAACCCGUCCCUCACGUCAGGAUCUUUCUCUCUCCUCAUACAGAACCCUAGAGUUCUUGAUUUCGACAACAAGCGUAAUUACUUCAGUCAGCGAUUGCACAAGCGUCCUUAUCCCAGGGAGCACUACCCAUCCCUCCAAGUAAAUGUUCGUCGUUUGCGUGUUUUCGAGGACAGCUUCCAUGCCUUCCAGCACAAGACUGGUGACCAGAUACAAUAUAGCAAGCUCAGCGUACGAUUCUAUGCUGAAGAAGGCGUCGAUGCGGGUGGUGUCACACGAGAAUGGUUCCAAAUUCUUAUCCGCCAAAUGUUCAACUCCAAUUAUGCUCUUUUUCGAACCUUUGACGGCAGAGUCAUUGGGAAAGAUAUUUACGAUGGCCGUCUCAUGGGUGCUCACCUCGCGAGGAGCCUGUAUCGUAUACUCUUUGGUAAACGCGUUGACUACUGCGAUGUGGAAUGGGUACGUAUCACACAUCCCGGUCAAAUUGCUCAGUAUAUCUCGAAGGACAAGCCAGAGAACCACCCCGAUUUCUAUGAACCACAUGACUUCCUCGUCAAAAUGAGCACCCCCGGCUGUCAGCAAAUAUGUUAUUCAGUAUGUCCGAGGAAUAGCAUCGGGCGAGAACGAGGGAGCAAGGCUCGAUUUUGGUUCGGAAAUAUUCCCGAGUUCUGGUCAGGUCUUCUUCGACCGUCUCAACGGCCAGAUGAAGAUCGUAUCAGGCAGUUGACAGUGAUGGGCUUCCCAAGAGCUGCGGCUGUUAGAGCGCUGCCCAGGACAAACAAUAAUGUCAACUUCGCAACUGAGUAUCUGUUGACUCAUCCAUUUGAACCUGUUCUGGAGGAUCCACCCGCUGCGCCUGCGACGAACGGGGCUCCUGCGGAUACUGCUGAUACUUCUAUCGAAACCGAAGCAGCUCCUGAAGAACAACCUGCACAAGAGACUGCUAUCAAGGAGGAUUACGAGUCUCAAAAGACGGUCGAGGAGAGGCGACAGGACUUGGAUGAGAUCAGGAAGUCCCUCGUAUCAGAUAUAGGACCACAGGUGCUUAGGCUUGCAGAUGCCCAUCCUUCGUUGAUCCUCGGCGCAAGGCACGUAUUAUCAGACCGAACGAUAACCCCUUGCGCACGACAAAGAUCUCAAACGUUGGCGAAGUGGCUCCCAGCACUCCUUCUCGCUAUGGAGUCGCUCCUAGUCACUGCAGAAGAACCUCGAGCAGUCCCUAUGGUCCUCGCUGAUCAGCCAGUCGUUAUUCCUCUGCUGGUUGUAGGUCCUCCUUAUAUAGAGAUGCUCGUUCAACUCUUUCGAGAACGUAAUAUGGCUGAUCAGUUCUUGCAGGCUUCCAAUCCUACAUUGCAAUUAUCUUGCGGCAUCUCGACGAAGAUAGAUCGGUAUUGGAGACGGGGUCAUGAAACAGGAGAUAAAACGCUGGUUGUCAACAUCGCAGAUUGUCGAAGUCCUCACGCGAUUGUGGCCGAAGCCCCGCCUGACUCUGCUGCUACGGAGAAACCUCUGACGGAAGACUCGACUUCGAUGCAGGUUGAUAGUCCAAAGUCAAGUAGUCCUCCGGUAUCCUCCGAAGCGUUGGAAUCUGUCGUUCACUUCAUGUUUGUGCAAGUUCGUGUUCCUGACGUAUCCGAAAAAGAAAACUCAAACUCCUGCAAAGGAUGUAUUCUCACGAACAUGCCGCUUAUGUUGGCACAUCACAAGCUCAUUAACAAUCGGCAUGCUCUAAGCGUGAAGGAGCUUGUGACGAGGACCGAGAUUAAUAAGUUUGUCAACAACCUAGUUAAUCUCGACCGCGUGCACAUUCUUGCGAUUAUUGUCGAAGAUACACCGUCCACUCCUCCAACGACAUCUCGUAAUAUUACUCAAGCAAACCGAGACUCCAUGUGUUUCUUUCGUGAUCCCUCAUCUUCCCCUUCUUCCCCUUCCCUGUACCAUUCGCCCGAUUUGUCUAUCACACUGGAUUCGCCUUUGCAAAGAGGACGAGGCUUGCAGAGGAAUAUGUGCACAAGUCCAUUCGCCCCCGAAACGCGUUUUUGCAAUGAUGCCGAAGAUGAAGGCGACUCUGAUGAGUCGUGGAGUGACAACGACGACUUCGACCCCAUAACUGUUCAGAACACCAAUCAAAACUCGUCCCCGAGUCCUCAGAGAUAG